AUGGACUUGGUAAGCUUUUUCGGUUAUAUUGUGAUUGCUUGGUUUGUUAUAAAGCUGUACAAUCAUGUUUGGCACAUUUUGUAUCCAUAUGUUAUUGGAACACCCAAGGAUUUGAAGAAACUGGCUGGUGCUAAAUGGGCUGGUGGGUUUUGACGUCAACUUUGGAAGGGUAGGGUCGGUCAGGGUAUUGUACGGCAUGGUAGCACCGGUUAAGCCAUAAAAAAUAUUUUAUUUUUUUUUAUAAGAUGGCAUUUUUAGUUAUAACCGGCUCGACCGAUGGGAUUGGCAAGGCUUAUGCGUUCGAACUGGCUUCGAAAGGCUUUGAUAUUGUUUUAGUGUCAAGAUCAGAAGAAAAACUGGCAAAAGUGGCUGAAGAACUGAAGAAACAACAUCAAGAUGUUGAAGUAAAGACACUUACUUUUGAUUUUUCCGAAAGCGAUCCAAAAGUUUAUGAAGAAAAGCUAUUGAAACACUUGGAUGAUAUCGAAAUUGGUAUUUUUGGUAUGUUUUUGGGCUUACAUUUUGUAUUCUUUUUAGUUUUUGGCUUAUAUUAGGCUUUGAAUUAGGCUGUUUGCUUAUGUUAAGUAUUAAAUAAGACCUUAGGCUUAAAUUAGGGUUCAAUUUAGAUCUGAGGCUGACGUUGAGCCAUCUAUCUAGUUUUAGGCUUAUCUCGGGCUUUCAGUUUUAUCUUAGGCUUAUAUUAGGCUUUCAAUUAGGUCUUAGGCUUACAUUGGGUCUUUAAUUUUAUUUUUGGUUUAAAUUGAACUUUAGUUUGAUUUUAAGCUUAUAUUUGUUUUUAAUUGGAUUUAGGCUUAUAGUGGGCUUAAAUUUGAUUUGUGAUUUAAAUUGAACCUUUUAUCUGAUUUUAAGCUUUUUUUUGGACUUUUAAUUUUGUCUUAUGCUUAUAUUGGGCUUUGAAUUUGAUCUUACGCUUACAUGUAGACUUUAACUUGAUCUUAGGCUUAUAUUAGACUUUCCGUUUGAUUUUAGGCUUAAAUCUGAAUUUCUUAAUUUUAGUCAACAACGUCGGCCAAGUAAUUGACUACCCCGCCCAGCUUCAUGAAGUUGCCGGCGGAAUUCAAAAACUCUCCGACAUAUUACACAUAAAUGCCACCUCUUUGACGAUACUAUCAGCAUACGUCCUAAAACAAAUGAAUCAGAGGAGAAGUGGCAUUAUUGUCAACGUAUCUUCGUCAGCCGGCCUAUCACCCAUCACUUAUCUGAAUGUCUAUUCGGCAAGCAAAAAGUAUGUUAACUGGUUGAGUGAGAUCUUGAGAAGAGAAUACUCUGACAGUAGUGUCACGAUUCAAACACUGGUACCCUUUAUGGUGGAUACAAAAAUGGCAGCUAAUUUCAAAUAUGAUAACAUGCCUGAGGCUUUUAAGCCAGAUGUAAGUUUCUUUUUUCUUACUCUGGCCUAGAAAAGGAUUUAAUUUUUAUUAUUCUAAGCUGGCUUAGUUAAUGCUUUCGUUUUAUAGAUCUUGCUUUGGACUUAACCUCGACUCUAGAUCAGCCUUAGCAAUCUCUUACACUUGAUUUAGCCUUAGCUUUGUCUUAGCCUUGUUUUAAACUUAACCGUGCCGUAGCCUUGCCAUUGCCUUAGCCUUACAGUGGCUUUGCCGUAGCUUUGCCUUAGCCUUGCCUUAGCCUUGCCGUAGCUUUGCUUUAGCCUUGCCUUAGCCUUAGCCUUGCCUUAGCCUUGCCUUAGCCUUGCCUUAGCCUUGCCUUAGCCUUGCCUUAGCCUUGCCUUAGCCUUGCCUUAGCCUUGCCUUAGCCUUGCCUUACCGUAGCUUUGCCGUAGCCUUGCCUUAGCCUUGCCUUAAACUUAACCGUGCCGUAGCCUUGCCAUUGCCUUAGCCUUACAGUGGCUUUGCCGUAGCUUUGCCUUAGCCUUGCCUUAAACUUAACCGUGCCGUAGCCUUGCCUUAGCCUUGCCUUAUUCCUAGCUUUGUCUUGGUCGUGCCUUAGCCCUACAUCUAGCCAAGCAAUAGAAGUAGACCUAGAAAAGACACCGUAUCAUACUUUAAGAUACUAUAUCCUAACUUAAGAUAAUACAAAAAAAAAUUAAGUUUAGGUAAUAUUUAUACUAAAAUUGAUUUCAGGCUGUAAAGUUUGUCAAAAGUGCGGUAAGAACGAUCGGUUUGGUAGAUGAGACAACUGGUUGUUUAUUCCAUCAAGUCCAAAAAGAAAUUUUAACUGGUUUUAUCCCAACUUGGGUGGUUCAAGCUGGCUCAAAAAGAUUUGCUAAAGAAGUUCGGGGGAGGAUGCUUAAGGAAGAAUAG